CUGGCACUAACGAAAAAUUCCCACACUAGAUUUAGGGUCCGAGGAAUAGGCUAAAGAUUGUCUAGUCAGUCUUUUGUGUUUAGGAGAUCGGGAAACGCUACAGUGUACCUCUUCACGUAGACUUCAAUUAUUUAGUUGGAUAGUAAUAACAGUUUUAUGAAUAUUGCUGAAGAAACCCAAGUAAGUACAUGGAUUUUAAAUGUUGGUCUUAUCUAGUCGUUCUCCCAUAUUACAAAAACGACUGAUGUGGCAGAUCACGAGCCAGGUUAGCCACUCAAACAAGCAGGAGAGACCUUUGUCUAACGUCUUCAAGUGACCAGAGGUAAAGGUGUUUAGUUAUGAAAUGUUAUAUGUAUUUUGUAAUUUUAUGAAUGAUCUACAAUUUUUACGGGAAAUCUUUUAUCGUUUUUGGUUGUUAUGAUGCCAUUUUUUAUAUUAGAGAAGUGUUUAAACUUAAACAUCUAUUUGUCCUAAGGAAAUUGCCUUCCGUUGACGUCGUUAGAAUAGGCGGAGCUCUCGCUGUUAAAUCAGUUGGUAUUUUCGUUUUUAGAUGAGUGCACCAUCAACUCCUGGUACGGGUACUUUUUCGGGUGGUGGCGGCUCAGGAGGCGGGGCAGCUAUUAAUCAAGCCGGAGGGUCCAGCGCUGCUAAAGGUGCAGCAGGAGCAGCUGCAGGCCUAGUAGCAGGGGCUCUUCUUGAUCCGGUUGCACAGAUGAACACGUACAAAUCAUACGUUAGCCUCCUCGCAGACCCUUCUGCGAAGGAUGACUCUAAACAGAAGGCUGCACAGGAGCUCAGUGAAGACUUUGAGACGAUUACGGCCUCGCCAGCGUAUCCUUCGUUUUUGCAACAUUCGAUGCCGCUCUUCAUUCGGGUACUUCAGGAAGGCGAAGCUCAAUUUAUUGCCGAACACUCAAUGCAAAUCACGCGGAAACUCGUUCUCGAGAUUAUUCACCGUCUACCCACAAACGAACACCUUCGUCCAUAUGUCAAACCUGUGCUCAGCGUUAUGUUCAAAUUAUUGGAGGUCGAAAAUGAAGAUAACGUGCUGGUGUGUCUACGAGUAAUUAUCGAACUACAUAAACAAUACCGGCCGCCAUUCAACCCUGAGAUUCAGAAUUUUCUAAACUUUGUUAAGAACAUUUACCGCGAGUUGCCAAAUCAACUCGAGAAAAUCUUUGAACCUCGUGAAGAUGCCAUAAAAGUGAAGGAUAUUUCUGAGGUAUCGAUGGAUACACUGCUCAAUGAAACGUUUACUACAACUGUCGUGCAGGUCGGCACAGGCGAUGCUGCUCCGGUGGCCGCUGUCAACAUCAUUCCAAAGGCCGUCCUCUCCCUCAAAGUGCUUGCCGAAUUACCCAUUAUUGUGGUAUUAAUGUACCAAUUGUACAAGCCUAACGUUCAUCGAGACGUUGCAGAGUUUAUUCCGUUGAUUCUAAAUACAAUCGUGCUACAGCCUUCGCGGGCUCAGCAGGAGCAUAAAGACUUUAACCGUGAGGUCUUUGUCGAUUUUAUGGCGGCGCAAAUAAAAACGCUUAGUUUUCUCGCGUACAUCGUCAAAAUCUAUCUGGAAGUGGUGAACGCUAAUUCAGGCCAACUCGCCGAGGGAAUGCUUGGUCUGCUAAUGCUUUGCCCGCCAGAAGUGGCUCAUUUACGCAAGGAGCUUCUGAUUGCAGCUCGGCACAUCCUUGCUACCGAUCUACGGACGAAAUUUGUCGGCUGCAUAGAUAAACUGUUUGAUGAAGAUAUCCUUCUAGGCAAUGGCUGGACGGCGAACGAAAGCCUACGGCCCUUAGCAUAUUCGACGUUGGCCGACCUCAUCCAUCACGUAAGGCAAAGCUUGCCUUUGAAGCAUCUUAGUGCCGCGGUAUCGGUCUUCUCGAAGAACGUGCACGACGAAACUCUGCCGAUCUCAAUGCAGACGAUGUCGUGUAAGUUGCUUCUCAAUCUCGUGGAUUGUAUCCGCAGCAAGUCACAAAUGGCCGAGACGGAAGGAUCGCAAACGGUUGGAGUCGCCGGUGCUAACAAUCAAGAGAACAAUGUUGUGGCUGGACGGGAACUGCUCACGCGUAUGUUACAAGUGUUUGUCUUGAAAUUUCGAACUAUUUCGCGAGUCCAGCUUCCAGCGCUAUUGAAGGCUAGCAAGCAUUACAACAACACAGAGGAUAUCGUCCGUGCUGCGGCGGCGGCAGCAGCUGCUAGUAAGCCCGGUGAGCAAGCUCAAACGGGCGGACAAGCUUGCGGGCAAACAACCACAGGAGCUGCUGUUGUUGGAACUGCCGCAGCCGUGCUAUCAGCUGCGACUGCUACGGCUGUCACAUCCCAGUUAGGUCUAGUUACUGGCACCUUUCAGACACCAUGUAACACUCCGAACGCUACAGGGACUUCAACUACUGCAGCCGCCGCAGCACCCUCCACAACACCUGCAGCUGUAAGUAAUACAGUGGCCGAGCUAAAAAGCAGUAACGGCACCCCACAAUACACGGUCGUCGACUGUCGGACCCUCAUCAAGACGUUGGUGUGCGGCGUGAAGACGAUCACGUGGGGAAUCGGUACGUGCAAGACGGCCGCAGGUGGUGGCACUGGUGUGGGAGCCAGCGCCGACGAUAAACAGUUCCAGCCAAAGGAGACGCUUAUAUUUAUUCGCCUGGUUAAAUACUCGUUGUUGACGCUCGACAUGUACACGUUACCGUUGCCCGUUUCAACGGCGCAGCUGUCGGCGCAUUCACUUCAGGCAGCGGGAGGUUCAGCGGCAGCACAAGCGGCCCGAGCCGCCCAGAUCGCUGCAGCUGCGGCUGCUGCCCAACCCCAGAAGACGAAGGAUGAGAAAGAGGUGCUGGAUCACCUCGGUGGGGUUUUUACUAUGAUGACACCAGGAAUGUUUCGGGCUGUUUUCACUACGACGAUCGACUACGUUGUCGAGCGGCUAAACAAGAACCCGCUUCUUCAGACGGUGGCCAACUAUUUCCUUGCAAACAAAACCACUUCGUCGAUAUUCGCUACGAUACUCGUCGAAUAUCUACUUGAAAGAAUGGAUGAAAUGGGAUCGAGUAUGGAAAAAUCGAGUCUCUACUUGAAGCUUUUCAAGCUCGUUUUUGGCUCCGUAUCGCUGUUCCCUCAAGAAAAUGAGCAAAUGUUAAAGCCUCAUCUACACAAAAUAGUCAACAGAUCGAUGCAGCUAGCGCUGAGCGCCAAGGAGCCGUAUAAUUACUUCCUCUUGUUGCGGGCCCUAUUCCGUUCGAUCGGUGGCGGAUCGCACGAUCUUCUCUACCAGGAGUUUUUGCCACUAUUGCCAACACUCCUUCAAGGUUUAAAUCAGUUGCAAAGUGGCCUCCACAAGCAACACAUGAAGGACCUUUUUGUUGAAUUAUGCCUGACGGUCCCUGUGCGACUGAGCUCGCUGUUACCGUACCUGCCCAUGCUAAUGGAUCCACUCGUUUCGGCUUUGAAUGGUAGCCAAACCUUGAUUAGCCAAGGCCUACGAACGCUCGAGCUGUGUGUAGACAACCUUCAGCCAGAUUUCCUAUAUGAACAUAUUCAGCCGGUAAGAGCUGAACUGAUGCAAGCUUUAUGGAAAACCCUUCGUAACCCACAAGACAAUAUUGCGCAAAUCGCUUUCCGUGUUCUUGGAAAGUUUGGCGGUGGUAAUAGGAAAAUGCUCGUUGAGCCCCAGACACUAAAAUACAACGAGUACACAACCGAGGGUCCAGCAAUCUUAGUGACGUUCGUGGAACACAAAAUGCCUGUCUGGCUGCCCAUGAAUCGCCUUAUUGAAACUGCCUUCGACGCCCUAAAACUUUCGACGACUGAUCCGUUCUAUAGGCAGCGGUGCUGGGACCUCAUCAAAGGGUAUCUAUUAUCGCAUAUGCAGCCUCUCGACGGCAACGUUUCCGUACAGACGCUGUUCUCCGACCCGGCGUUUGCCACUGGCCCGGUAGCACCUUACAAUUUAGGCCAUUAUACAUGUCAACAUCCGUUACAUCUAACUACGCAUAAAAUGGCUCUAACUGCCAUGUUUGUCGCUGCAGCAAUUAAAGAGCUUCGCGGUGAGGUGCUUCCAUUUUUUGUUUCGAUUGUCAACCACUACACAAUGGUUGCUGUGAGUCAGCAGGCCGGUCCUUUUAUGGCAGCUUAUAAGCAAUCGCUGCACUCCAAUAAACUUAACCAAGCGAACAUGGAUCCGCUAGUUCUUAUUGAUGCGCUCGUCCAGAUAAUGGGCCAUGAAGAAAAGGAGCUAUGUAAAGUUGGCCAACUCGCAUCGGUACUCAUCAUUGAGGCAGCAUCGACGAUACUCACAUCGAGAGAACGAGCGGCCACGUUGCCAUUCAUAGAGUAUUUGAGCGAAAAGAUGUGCUCGCUUUGCUACGAACGGGCGUGGUACGCUAAGAGCGGUGGCUGUUACGGCAUUAAAGGUCUCAUGGACCGCUUGCCUCUUCGCUGGGUACUGCAGCAUCAGUACCAAUUCCUCAAAGCGUUACUCUUCGUAAUGAUGGAUCUAACAAACGAAGUAUCAAAUGGCGCAGUCGAUAUGGCAAAAACAACCUUGGGAAAGCUGAUUCAGCUGUGUGCUACCCCACUAUCAGAUGAUGCGCCCGCUGAUAUGAUUGAGGUGCAGAAAAAAUCCCUAAACGACGUCACCAUGGAAUUGGUGCGGCAGGUGACAUCGCCAAACACGUGUGUUCGUCAGCAGGCAAUGAGUAGUCUACAGAUGCUCGGCGAUGUAACAAAAUGUACUAUUACAGAUAUUAUGACACCUCACAAAGAUUUACUACAGGAUAUGGUCCCUCCGAAAAAGCACAUCUUAAAACACCAGCCGGUCAAUGCGCAGAUUGGUAUUAUGGAGGGAAAUACAUUCUGCACAACGCUUCAACCGCGUCUCUUCACUCUUGAUCUAGAUCAAAAUGAACACAAGAUCUUUUUCCAGGAGCUUUUGUAUAUCUGCGACAGUGAAGAUACGGCGAUCAUGAAAAUUGCCUGCUAUAAAAACUCACAAACUCAACUAGGCGCCCUACGGAAGGCUGCCCUCAACUGUCUGGCCACGUUACAUUAUGUUGAAAAUGAACAAAACCGUGAAAAGGUGUUUACCGUACUCUACAAAGUUCUAAAUUCAAGCGACCCCGACCUGCAAGAGUCGGCGUUCCAGUGUAUGAAGAAGUUUAUCAGUGGCAAUGGUAUCAAAACGGAGACGGUGCAUAAACAUAUUCGAGGUUUGCUCAUCCAUCUAGGCGACUAUCGCCACCUUAAUCUGAACGUCAUUCAGCGUCUGAGCUACCUUACUUUACUGUUUCCUAAUACUUUCAAUGAAAAGUUGUGCGAACAGUUACGGCAAUUGCUUCGUCGAUGGUUCGAAGUCUGCAUUCAGAAUAAGAGUAUUGGGAGGCCAUUUACAACCGAGUUAAAGCAGUGCACUGCCAUUAUUGAGAUUUUUCAUCAGAUUCCUGCGGCGAGUGCAGCACUUGUCGAGCCGCUGAUAUCGACGAUUCUAUCCCAGGAAAAGCAACUUAUGAUCGAAGCAGCAUCACCUCUUCACGAACCGUUGGCGAAAUUCUUGCGUAUUCACCCUGAGAAGACUGUGGAGGUCCUCCUUCAAGACGCAGCUGUUCAAAGCGCUCAGCAUAAUCGAUAUCUCGAGUUCUUGUUCAAGAAUGAUAAAGGCCAUAAGUUCCGACAAGUUCUUAUCAAUAAACCCAACCUCGUGGGUCGCCUUCUGGCAGUCAAUCUACCUGCCGAAGGUCGUAAUGUCAUUAUCACGAGUUUCCCGGCAUUUGACAUGAACACCAUUCCACAGAUAACAGCACAGAAUGCCAAAUAUAACUUUGAGUAUCUUGGAGUACGAGUAAUUGGUCUCUUAAUCAAACACGAAGAUAAAACAGAUUUUCUCAUUAAAAACCCGAUGAUCGUUGCUAUGCUUCGUGAAAUCUGGAUUUCGCCUGAGUUCCAGGCGCGUCACACACAAAGCUGUGUUGAAAUCUCUGAUUUUGUGCACUGGCGCACACCGAAACUCGUUGUUAAAGCUCUCUUAAAUUAUUGCCGACAAAAUCCGAACGACGUUGAACUCCUUUUCCAAUUGCUAAGAGCAUUUACGAGCCGGUACAUUCCAGAUUUCAAGUUCCUAAAGGACUUCAUCGAUCAUACAGUGGCGACACAGUAUUCCGUCGGGUGGAAGAGAAAUGCAUUCUUUAAGUUCGUUAAACUGUUUGAAGAGGAGACAAACUUUCCACAGGAAUUGGUCGCCAAAGUGCUUCAACGAAUCAUCAUUCCUGCGUUUACCAAUUCUUUUGAAAAAGGGGAAGGGACUGAGCUCAUUGGGGGAGAGCCUGCGCCUGAUCAGGAUCUUGACGAUAAUGUAAUAUCCGUGUUUAUUCUCAAGAUUAUAGACAACCCCAAAGUGACUCUUGACUCGGUCCGCAUACUCGUUUUGCAAUUAUCAUGCCUAUUUGUCGACCAGGCAUCAGCUCAUAUCCACGACGCAGCCAACAAACGACAGGGUAUCAAACUUCGCCGCCUUAUGACUUAUGCCUGGCCUUGCUUGCUUACAAAGAGCUCGGUCGACCCUGCAAGCAAAUAUCACGGUCAUCUUCUUCUAGCUCAUAUCAUUGCUAAAUUCGCCAUUCACAAGAAGAUCGUUCUACAGGUUUUCCACAGCUUGUUAAAGGCGCACGCAGUCGAAGCACGCGGUGUGGUUCGUCAGGCGUUAGAAAUUUUAACUCCAGCAAUGCCUGCCCGGAUGGACGACGGAAACACUAUGUUGACUCAUUGGACAAAAAAAAUGAUUGUAGAAGAGGGUCACACGUUAGCCCAGCUGGUCCAUAUGUUACAGUUGUUAUACAGACACCAUCAACUUUACUACCCCGUACGCCAUCAUCUGGUCGCGCAUGUGGUCAGUUCAGUACAACGACUCGGUUUCACGGCCAACGCGCAGAUGGAACACAAGAAGCUUAGCGUUGAUCUCGCCGAGGUGAUCAUUAAGUGGGAGAUGCAACGAAACCGCGAGGAGCAGCAGCUACUUCAAGAACAGCAGCUGUUAGGCAAUACGGCUGACGUCGAUGUCGCCAACAGUCCUAAUCUAAAAGCUAUCGACAAAGUGCACACGGACUCUAUUGUCAAUUUCUUGUUGAGAAUGGCCUGUCAGGUGAGUGAUAGUGCUGUUGCGGCCGCGGCAGCUUCGAAUACCGGUGCCGCAGGAAGUGGUAGCUCCUUGGGAUCAGCGAACCCCGCGGGGGAUGUUCUUUCCCGCCGAUGUGUAGCUCUCCUUAAGAACGCCCUCAAACCAGAAUUGUGGCCAAAUGCUGAGCUGAAGUUAGUGUGGUUCGACAAACUUCUAUUGACUAUCGAAAACAUCCCUGAACCGAACUUUCAAAACAUCUGUACAGCCCUUGACCUACUGACGUUCCUUCUCACGAUCCUGAGAAAAGAGGCCAUUCUCAAUUCAUUCAAAAAUCUUCAAAGAGGCAUAGCUGCCUGUAUGGCAAGCUCAAACUCGAAGGUUCUCCGCUCGGUACAUUCUCUCUUGUCUCGAUUGAUGGGCACCUUCCCUGCAGAGCCAAACACUCCGAAAUAUGAGGAACUCGAUCAUCUGUACACUCAAGUGUUCAAGGUCGUCUCUGACGGGUUAUCAAACUACGAAAAACUGCGACUUCCAAGGUGUACCAAGGGCUCAACAGUGGUGGCCAAUCCACCACAGCUGUUUGGGACGUUAAUGAUCCUCAAGGCUGCGUGUGUCAACAACCCGUGCUAUAUCGACCGUCUGAUCACCCCGUUUAUGCGCGUGUUACAAAAGAUGACUCGUGAGCAUUUAGCGCCCACCACAGAGGCGAGUCCAAUGGGCACAGAAUUGUUAAUUCUUAGCUUGGACCUCGUAAAGAACAGGGUAGGCGUGAUGGCCCAGGAAAUGCGGAAAGUUUUCCUUGGAUCUGUUCUGGUCGGUCUCAUCGAAAAGAGCCACGAAUCAAAGGUGCUUAAAGCUAUCACGAAAAUGGUCGAGGAUUGGGUGCGAAAUAAGAGCCCAUUCGCCGUUAAUCAAAGUCCGAGCUUGCGGGAGAAGUCAAUUCUACUUGUCAAAAUGAUGCAGUAUAUCGAGAAACGCUUUCCGGAUGACCUUGAGUUAAACGGGCAAUUCCUUGAACUAGUGAAUUAUGUGUACCGAGAUGAAUCAUUCAAAAACUCUGAACUUCCAUCGAAACUGGAGCCGGCCUUUAUGGCUGGUUUACGAUGCGUUCAACCGGCUAUUCGCGCCAAAUUUUUCGAAGUCUUUGACGCGUCCAUUAAGAAGCGAUUAUACGAUCGUCUCAUGUAUAUAAUCUGCUCCCAGAACUGGGAGACGAUCGGCCCACAUUUUUGGAUUAAACAGUGCAUCGAGCUCGUACUUGUUACAGCCUCUAUGGACGCCAAUGUCGAGACGGGUCCUGGUAGCCCACUAUUGCCAGCUGUGACCUCCGUGGUAGCCCAAGCUGAUCAUAACAUGAAGGCGGCAUUUAUUUUCGCCAAAGAAGAGCCAAUGGAUGUCGAUAGUAUUAUGGAUGCGAGCUUUUCAGCUGUACCCGAUGAGCUAUCUGAAUUCGACCUCAAUUCAUCCACCGCCAAACCAUCCACUGCUUCAGCAACGACCAGUGCGAGUAGCCUUCGGCAGAACAUCAAUCAACUUGUGAUUCGGCAGAAGAAGUUCCUUGAACAGGCAGGCAAGAACGUCAAGCUUGAGCCUAUUCUCUUGGCUGUAGCCCAACUGUGUCAUAUGGACACAACAUUGGCACAACACAUGUGGAUACAACUCUUCCCACGCCUUUGGAAGAUCCUCGGCGAAAAACAACAAAACGUCCUGAGCGUUGAGUUAACACCGUUUAUUUGCUCUGGCAGCCACGUCAUACAGAAGGAUUGCCAUCCGAACGCUAUUGGAACCUUCUGUGAGGCUCUCUCGCAUUGCCCUAACGUCCAGUUACGGCCGAUGGUGACAAAGUACAUGGGAAAAUCGCACAACAUGUGGCAUCGAGCAACGCUGCAGCUUGAACAAAUUGCUGCAAGCAAUGAAAAAUCUUCUAAGGGAAUAAAAAGUAUUCCGCCGCCCUUAUCGACGGCCCCUGUAACCCCUGUGUUACCAACGCCUCCGGCUAGCGGAAGCGUUAACGUUGUGGCAACCAACCCAGAUUCUACAACUGUUCCUGGUGCAGACGGGCCCGAGGUGCAAAAUCUACAGCCCCCGCAAGUUUCGCUCCAACAUGAGAGUCUUGAUUGUUUGUCCGAGAUGUACUCAUUGCUCCGAGAGGAGGACCUCUUCGCCGGUCUCUGGCAGAAACGUGCCAAGUAUCAGGAGACCAUCAGCGGUGUUACGUACGAGCAACAUGGCCUGUUUGAGCAGGCGCAGUUGGCGUACGAAGCGGCGAUGGCUAAAGCGAGAACGGAAUUUGCACAGAGUCCUCCGCCACUAACAAUUCAGUCAGAAUACCGCUUGUGGGAAGAACAUUGGAUUAAAUGUACCAAAGAACUGAAUCAGUGGGAAGUGUUACUUGAAUAUGGAAAUAGCAAGGCCGCUCAGAACAUGCAUUUAGUUCUGGAAGCAGCCUGGCGGGUACCCAACUGGGUUCUGAUGAAGGAAGCCCUUUCUCAUGUUGAAGUAUCCUGUCCUAAAGAGCUCGCUUGGAAAGUGAACCUUUAUCGAGGUUACAACGCCAUCUGUCAUCCAGAAGAAACUCACCUGUCUUUGAUUGAUCGUCUUGUCGAGGUUGUCACUUCAUGCUGCAUUCGGGAGUGGCGUCGUUUGCCACCGGUCGUAUCGUCUAUGCAUGUGGGCAUGCUGCAGGCCGCCCAGCAGGUUAUGGAACUUCAAGAAGCUGCCCAAAUCCACCAAGGCCUCGCACCAACUGGCAGCGGAGCCGCCACUACGCCGUUGAACCGCGCAUCACUAUGUGAUAUGCGUGCUAUUGUGAAAACGUGGCGAAAUCGUCUGCCAGUGCUGAGUGAUGAUCUGUCGCACUGGAACGAUAUCUUCACAUGGCGACAGCUACAUUACCAAGCCAUCGUUAGCCAUUUUGAAGGCGCGCAAAAUGCCAACUCAGUUACGGGUGGUGACACUCAAACACAAACAAACAGUGCGAUGAUAGGUGUCCACGCUUCCGCAUCAACAAUCAUUCAUUACGGGAAGGUGGCCCGUAAACACGGCCUUAGCGGGGUCUGUCUAGAUUCACUUAAUAAGAUCCAUACAAUUCCAUCGGUACCGAUCCUUGACUGUUUCCAAAAGAUUCGUCAGCAAGUUAAAUGUUAUCUUCAUAUGAGCGGUACUGGAGGAACUGGGACGUCAGGUGUCACUAGCAGCUCAAACAGUAGUAGAGGUAAAAACGAACUGCAAGAAGGUCUGGAUGUGAUAGAAAGCACCAAUCUGAAGUACUUCGGCAAGGAGAUGACAGCAGAAUUCUAUGCGCUGAAAGGCAUGUUUCUAGCUCAACUAGGCCGUUCUAGUGAGGCAAACAAGGCCUUUUCGGCAGCCAUUCAAAUGUUCGAUGGCCUCAAUAAAGGUUGGGCUCUAUGGGGAGACUACCUCGAAGCGCUGUUCACGAAAGAUGCGUUUGCGGAUCGUAAUAUGCAACUCGGAGAAUUUGCUGUAACCUGCUACCUGCAUGCAGCGCGCACUCAAAACGAAGCCAAGGCACGCAAAUAUCUCGCCAAACUCAUAUGGUUACUUACAUUUGAUAGUGAAAAGUUCCAAUUAAGCGAGUGCGUUGACCAGUACUUUAACGGUGUACCACCGCACCUUUGGCUACCUUGGGUUCCACAACUUCUCACAUGUCUCGUCCGCCAAGAAGGUAAACUCCUAUUGACCCUAUUAUCAACGGUAGGUCGGGUUUACCCACAAGCGGUAUACUUUCCAAUUCGUACACUCUAUCUUACACUCAAGGUAGAGCAACGUGAGCGUUAUCGAAGCAGUGAGGCGGACAGACCUCGGCAAGCAGCUCCGGUUGUGGGUGGCAAUAAUAGCCAAUCAGCGGCCACUGCAGGGGCAGCUCAAGCUACAGCUAAUGGUCAGGCCCAAGUUGCCGUGACACCUGCAGCAACUACUAGCAAUCAGUUCAGGGCCACUCCGUCCAUGUGGCGCUGCUCGAAGAUCAUGCACAUGCAGCGAGACCUUCAUCCCACGCUGUUGUCAAGCAUCGAAGGCAUUGUCGAUCAGCUCGUUUGGUUCCGUGAGAACUGGUACGAAGAGGUACUCCGUCAACUUAAGCAAGCUCUAGCAAAAUGCCUAGCCGUGGCUUUUGAGCAUCGGAUGCAAAUCAACGAAGCGACGGUAACGCCACAUACACUUAACUUUGUCAAAAAACUCGUGUCAACGUUCGGUGUUGGUAUUGAGAGCGUUGUGGGUGGUGGCGGGGUGUCCAGCUAUUCAACGUCAGCCAGUGAAAGCUUGGCACGUCGGGUGCAAGCCACCUCGCAGGAUCCCGUGUUUCAAAAGAUGAAGGUGCAGUUCACAGCCGAUUUCGAUUUCGGUACAGCACAAGCCAUGAAGCUGCACAAUCUUAUUAAUAAGCUGAAGAAAUGGAUAAAGAUCCUCGAAGCUAAGGCCAAAUUACUACCAAAAUCAACCCUCGUUGAGGAGAAAUGCAGGUUCAUGUCAAACUUUUCUCCGCACACUGCCGAAGUCGCCCUACCUGGGGAAUUUCUACUGCCCAAGGCCAAUAACUAUUACGUGCGGAUUGCGCGUUUCAUGCCCCGUGUCGAAAUCGUUCACAAACACAACACAGCUGCGCGUCGUCUAUCGAUUCGUGGCCAAAAUGGUAAACUUUAUCCAUACCUUGUAGUAAAUGACGCCUGCUUAAGUGACGCACGACGCGAGGAACGUGUUCUGCAGUUGCUACGUAUGCUUAACCAGCUAUUAGCGCGACAAAAGGAGACGGCGCGCCGUGGACUCAACUUCACGGUGCCCCGAGUCGUUGCUGUAAGUCCACAAAUGCGCCUCGUCGAAGACAAUCCCUGCUCAUUGUCACUAGUCGACAUCUACAAACAGCGUUGUCUGGCACGCAAUAUCGAGUACGACACACCAAUAGGAAAAUACUACGAAAAGUUGGCAUCAGUUCAAGCGCGUGGCGGUUCCUGCGGUCAUCAGGUACUCAAAGACAUCUUGCGAGACAUACAGACUAGCCAAGUGCCUCGCACCCUGCUCAAGGAAUGGGCACAGGCCACCUACCCUGAUCCAACCGACUACUGGACAUUCCGUAAACAGUUUACGUUACAACUGGCAUUAUGCGGGCUGGUUGAGUUCGUUCUACAGCUCACACGGCUCUCGCCAGAUAUGGUGUACAUCCACCAGGACAGUGGCUUUGUGCAUGCUGCUUAUUAUAAGUUUGACGUAGCGGACGCCACAGGCGAACUCGAUCACAAUCGGCCCGUGCCGUUCCGACUAACGCCUAACAUGGCCGAGCUUGUGGGGACGGUUGGUGUGCAGGGUCCUAUGUGCGCAGCUGUUGUUGCCGUGGCUCGCUGCUUAAGCCAACCAUCAUUUACAGCUCUACUCAGAGCUAUUCUGCGCGACGAAAUUAUCACCUGGCAUAAGAAGAACUACGAUGAAGCUGGCACCGGUAGCGAAGGACCCCCUGAUAUGGACGGAGAACAGCUUGUUGCAACAGUGUCUAAGGCGGUGGCGGCCAUCACAACUAGGCUUAAUAGUUUGACAUCAUACGAAAGCGGUGAAAGCAGCAAAGUACAGGCUUUGUUAGCGGCCGCCUCAAACCCGGAGAACCUUUGCCGCAUGGAUCCUGCAUGGCAUCCAUGGUUGUAAAUCUGUGUUUCAGAUGAAAAAUCCAUAUGCCGAAAAUUCAGUUGUCCUAAAUCAUAAGACAUCUGGGGCUUUAGAUAGGUGGGCAAUAGAUGCUUUUCGAACAACAAUAAAGAUAACAUUUUUAGAUAAAUAUAGGCGCUGGUAAUACCCAUGUUGCAGAACCACUAUUAAACACACGUACUCAUAUAACCCAUAAAAAACAAUAAUAGUAUUAAUUAUAAUGUUGGAGAGAGAAAGAUGUUACAAUACGUAAAAUGAAUUGACUAUUAUAUCAUUCAUACAAGAUAGGACGUAACUAGCAAUAUAGCGCUGCGGGACUUUUCACGUCGCAUGCAUCUCAGCCGAGAUUUGUGAUAAACAUGGUACUAUGUACAUUUAAUUUUUUCCGCACCGGUACACUUACAUUGAGGAUGUACCAGCAAAUUUACUUUAGUAUUAAUCGACCGAUUAAUUUAAUUAGUUAUUGAUUUUUCAAUAUUGUUCUAAUAUUCUGGAAACGCGGCAUAUAAAUAUAUUUUUGUGUAGAUGACUUGUUUGCGCGGUAUGGUGUCGUAAGGAAGUGCAUAAGCACAUCUAUUAAAGUGUCGCUCUUCAAGCGAUUAUGGGUGGAUGGAUGAAUGAAUCCCUCUAAUAUUUGACAUAUCGUUUAUCACUUGGCAUCCAUCACUCAACACUGUAUACAGACAAUAGCAAUGAAGAGAAAUCAAUUAAUUAUCAAUAAAUUACCAACAGUUUGUUGAC